AAAAGUUACCUUCAGUAACAGAUCAUGUGACUGAAAUUUCUGAGACAUUAUGUCCUGAAAAAAAUUUGCCUGAAGUAAAUGUACCAACUACACUCAUAUCAUCUGAUGUAUAUUUCGAGAAGUCAGAAAAAGAAAUAAAUGAAGAGGUUGUUUCACAAUCAGAUAAGAGCUUGAAAACUAAUGCAAUGAUUCACAAGAAAAAGCAUAUUACAGUUCACUUUAGUGAACGAGCUCUUUGGUAUGAAGUGAGAAAAGGCAAAAAAGGAUGGUUAAGUCAUGGAUCAGUUGCGAUAUUGUGUCAGGUGCUAACUACGAAAAGAGUAAUGGGUCUGCUUAAUGAUGCUGAAAAUAAAGGUCUUGAAUUGCACAGUCAAAUAAUCAUUUUCUAA